GCGGGACUCCCUAACGUCACAGAACCGUACGACGACGUCAUCACCGGGCGACAACAGGGGAGUAAACAAACCUGAAAACACAUUCUGAACUUAAAAGUAAAGUAAACGAAGAUUUAAUAUGCCCAAGGUGGUGUCUCGGAGUGUGGUGUGCUCGGACACCCGUGACAGGGAGGAGUAUGAUGACGGGGAGAAACCUCUGCACGUGUAUUACUGUCUGUGUGGCCAGAUGGUCCUUGUACUGGACUGUCAGAUAGAAAAAUUACCCAUGAGACCACGGGACAAAGCCAGAGUGAUUGAUGCAGCAAAACAUGCCCACAAGUUCUGCAACAUGGAGGAAGAUGAGACCGUGUACUUGAAGAGGUCAGAGGGCAUCGAAAGACAGUUUCGCAAAAAAUGUGGGAAGUGUGGUCUGCUCUUGUUCUAUCAGCAUCAGAUGAAAAGCACUCCAGUGACGUUCAUCGUGGAUGGAGCGCUGGUGAAGUUCGGCCAGGGAUUUGGAAACACAAGCGUAUACAGCCAGAAACAAGAGACGCCAAAGAAAGUCAGGGUUAUGAUGACAAAACGCACCAAAGACAUGGGCAAGUUCAGCUCUGUUACUGUUUCAACGAUCGAUGAAGAAGAGGAAGAGAUUGAAGCGCGGGAGGUGGCGGAUUCCUAUGCCCAGAAUGCCAAAGUGAUUGAGAAACAGUUGGAGAGGAAAGGAAUGAGCAAGAGACGCCUUCAGGAACUGGCGGAGCUUGAGGCGAAGAAAGCCAAGAUGAAGGGAACUCUCAUUGACAACCAGUUCAAAUGAAGAUUGUGUCUAAAUGAGAGAGACAGAGCAAAUGAAUGAGAUGUCUAGAUGUAGCUACUGGAGAGUGUGUGUAUUUGUGCAGUUGUGUGUAUGAAGGGAGGAAAAGUUUUUUUUUUGUUUUUUUUUUUGCAGAUUUGUCUAAAUGGUCAAUAAAAACAACUGAAUUUUA